AUGACUUCGCCCGACGGACCUCCGUUGUCCUUGCGACCCUUCCCCGUCGCCGACAGGGCCCCCAAGAACCUCGCCGAGUUUAUCGCGCGCGUCAAUGCACAGCCCGGCGGCUUUCGCGAUGUGACAGAGGCUAAACUUCAGGAUGAGAUCAAAUCCGGAGAAGUCGUCAGUGGGGGCGACUCGGACCAAGACGAAGUCGACGUGUCCGACCCAGGCCGUGACGAGGACCCUGUCAAAGACGCCGCCGUCGUGCGCAUGGAGGUCUUGAGGAAUAUUGAGAUUGCCGGCAACACCGCCAUGCUCACCCUCGACUCCCUCUCCCUGCUCUUAUCAAAGCAGAGCCCAACCCAGGCUGGCUUGACCCUUUCUCAGCAGCUACGAGAAAUGGUGGGCAUUGGAACCCUGGGCGCCGACAAACUCGACGAACCGAUAUUGAAUCCCGACAAGGAAAGGGAUGAGGAAGAAGUCGCCACCGGCUGGACACUCAUGCAGAUCAACCAGGCUCGGGACGCCGCCGACGAAGCUGGCAGGUUCCUACAACGAGAGGUCGAAGCCGAGAGCAAAUACUGGGAAGACGUCAUGGCAGUCAAGAAGGCCGGCUGGUCUAUUUGCAGGGUGCCGCAUGAACGCCAUACCCUGGGGGUAAAGUUUGGCUUCUCCGAAGCGUCCCCCGAGUUCAAAAGCAACGGCCUCGCACCCAUGAGAAGGGGCGACAGCGGCUCAGUAGAGCUCGACCUCGGACGGCUGGGAGGCGUGUCAGAGGGGCUCGUGGUCACAUACGAACAGGACGGCAAGGUGGUCGGCCGGUCGGUCCCGCGCCGCCGCCGCCACGACGACACGUCGUUGGAGUCGCGUAUCCUCGAGGCCCGAAACACCAUCUUCUCCCAGGAGCUCUGGCACGAGCUGACGCGCGAAGCACGCACCUUGGCGGCAUACGACGUCCGACCAGAAGGCUCGACACUGACGUGCUCCGUGGACAGCCGCUCCAAGAUCAUCCUCGAGCUGCUACCGCUCGAGUCGUGUCCCGCAAGCGACGGCUCCCUGCCCAACAACUCCGUCGCCGAAACAAUCUUCAUCUCCCUCCACGUCCUCCUCAGCUACGCCCACCGAUACAACGAACUCAUGCGGAUCCGCCCCAUACCGCCGCACAUCUCCCGCUCCCGAGGCCAGCAAGUGUACGCCCUCCUCCGCCCCGUCAUCGCCCGCAUGGCGUCCAACCGCGCCAUCCUCUCCUGCACAACCUACUUGGGCUCCGUCUCCAAGGCCCUCCAAAAGGCCGGCCUCCCCGCCUCACUCACCCUCAGGACGGCGCAGCUCUCCGCCGCCGACCACUCGGCCCAGGGCCCCAACCAGCCGGCCGGCGCGCAAUCCCUCAUCCGAAACAUGCUCCAGCCCGUCGAGUUCAACGUGGCGCUCGCCAUCCUCCCCGACACGUCGCUCACCGUCCGCGGCCGCACGUUCCUCUUCCCCGUCACCACGACGUUCUACCACGUCGCCCUGGCCCCCUCCUCUCCCCUGCGGGACACGUGCGCCCCCUACGCAGAGGGCUACUCCGACACCAACGCCCUCUUCAGCUACAUCCGCACCGCCACCGAGCGCGCCGUCACCCUCCACUUCUUCCAGUCCCUGUGCGCGGCCCCGGACCCGGUUCCCUGGAUACACAGCGGCACGUCUAUCCGCGACCCGGAGGACGACGCCCGCGUCCUCCAAUUCUCCAUCGACGAGCACCCCGUCGCGCUAGUCCUCACGAGCAGCUUUGCGGGCAGCCCCAACCGGGGGCCCGAGUCGUGGACGUACUCGUACUCGGACUCGGCCCAUCUGGACAGCGAGCCCCAAAACCUAGACGACCUGGUCGCCCGCGAAACGAGCAGGUCUAGGCCCUAG